AUGGAGAGCUGGUUUCUCAUUCUGGUUUCCAUUGGCUUCACAGCCAUUAUCAAAUCCCUCCUGUUCCGCCGGAGAGACGGCAAGAAGCUACCCCCUGGGCCGUCGUUCCUUUUCUCCUAUCUCCUACUGCUAACCAACUCCCUCCCAAACCUCCAAUUCAUCCUAAGAGGUCUCAAGUCCAAAUAUGGACCCAUUAUUACUCUUAACAUUGGUUCUCAUCUUUCAGUCUUUGUGGGCAGCCAUUCUCUGAGCCACCAAGUCCUCAUCCAGAAAGGCACCACCUUCUCUGACCGCCCUAAAACUUGGCGUAUAGGCGGCAUCUCUUCGGCCUCUUAUGGUCCUAUCUGGCGGGCAUACCGUCAUAAUCUUGGCUCCAACUUCUUGCACCCUUCAAACGUCAAGUCUUACUCGUGGGCUCGCAAGUGGAUCCUUGGUAUUAUGAUUAGUCGGAUCCAGGAGCAACAGGAGGCUGUGGGAAUAGUUAAGGUGGUUGAUCAUAUUGAUGUAGCCAUGUUACACCUGUCAUUACUCAUGUGCUUUGGGGAGAAGGUUGAUGAAAGCCUUGUUAAUGACAUUGCAUGUGUGCAAGAUGGUUUGCUCUCAUUAACUGCCUCCUGGAGUUUUAACGUGUUCCUUGUGUCCCGAUGGUUGGCGAAAAUGUUGUUUAGAAACAAAUGGAAGAAGUUCAAUCAAUUGCGGAUUGAUCAAAAGCAACUGCUUGUUUCACUCAUCAAGUCUCGGACAGAAGGAGCUAGAGUAGGAGACAAAAAACAAAUGGUGGCAUACAUCGACACGCUUGUGAAACUACAGGUUCCAGGGGAAGAGGAUACAAAUGAAAAGGAUGGAAAGCUCACCCAAAAGGAGAUGGUGACAUUGUGUAGCGAGUUCCUCGUGGUUUCCUCGGAAACCGCCUCUAGUGCUCUACAGUGGAUCAUGGCUAAUCUGGUGAAGCAUCCUAGUAUUCAACAAAAGCUCUAUAAUGAAAUUGUUGCAGUGGUGGGGCCACCACCGCAGCCAAGGGUUGAGCCCGAAUCGGUUAUAAGCGAAGAUAAGCUACAAAAAAUGCCUUACUUGAAAGCAGUGGUUUUAGAAGGAUUAAGGAGACAUCCACCAGGGCAUAUUGCACUACCCCAUAAGGUCAAUGAGGAGGUAGAGUUGCAAGGCUACAUGAUUCCAAAGGGUGCAACCAUCAAUUUUAUGAUAGCUGAGAUGGGUUGGGACCCAGAGGUGUGGGAUGAGCCAAUGGAGUUCAAGCCUGAGAGGUUCUUGUUGAACGAAGGUAGUGGUUGUGUGUUUGAUAUAGGUGGAAGCAAAGGGAUCAAGAUGAUGCCUUUUGGUGCGGGGAGAAGGAUAUGUCCUGGUGCUGAUUUGGCUUUGCUUCAUUUGGAAUAUUUUGUUGCGAAUUUGAUUUGGUAUUUUCAUUGGAGUGUUCCUGAUGAUUAUCAUGUUGAUCUUAAAGAGAAGGUCAAGUUCACUGUGGUUAUGAAGAACCCUCUGCUAGCAAAAAUCUCUUUAAGGACUAAAAAGACAACCAUCUGAAAAUCCAUGCCAUGCAUGAAUUGCUAUAAUAAAUGGAAAUCUGUGUUUUAGAAAUAAAGUUUAGUGCUAUAUUUGCAUUUGCUUCUAUAUGUUGAUGGUUCGAGAUGCAUAAACACAUCACAGGUAGUGAUACGAAAAAGAAGGCUGUCCAGGUAGUAAUUCUUGUGACUAUGUGGAGUAUAUGGAAAGCUCGAAACAAAGCCGUCUUUUCAAACAGUCCAGCAAAAAUUGAAGAAAUAUUGGGGGAAGUCAAAGCGCAUAGGGCUAAAAAUGUGAAUGUAAACUAGCAAAUGUGGAAGUCCUUUGAUUUGUAAUUUUCUUUUGUUUGUUUGUGGUUGUGCCAGCCGCUUCUAGCUUCUUGCUGGAAGUUUGGUUUUUGGCUGUGGUUUAUUGAAGGUUGCAGUUAAAAAAAAAAUUUGAAAUACACUUUUCCCAUUGUUUGAAAAA